UCGUCCGAUCGACUAAAAUAUAUAUGCGCGCGUGUGUGUGCGUAAAACGCAGAGCAGACUUCUGCUCCUAAUUGCCGUAUACAGCCAGUUGAGUGAGCUGAUAAAUCAGGCGUUUCCCACCGUGCAUGUAUAGUACUACUGUCGCGUAUUUACGGCACGAUUGUUCGCUUGCGGAUUACCACCAAGGCUAUCCGUAAUCUCCGCUCGUGGGAGCCCACAACUUUGGCAACCGCCUCUUCGCCAACCACAUUCGACCGCGAUUUCCUUGGUCUCCACGCGUGCCAGCACGCCCCGCACCCCGCCUGCCACUCGCCACGUGUUUGACGAUGGCAGCCGGAGCGGGGCAAGGUGCUGGCAGCGGCCAGAUGUGCACGCUCUCAGCGGAGCUCCCUCUGGGUGCCGACACCAUCAAGAGCCCAUCGGGGAUCAUCAUCAUCCCUGAGCUGGUGUCCGGGGCCCUCGUCUGGAUCCUGGUGGCCUCGACGCAACUCCGUGGCACUGAGAUGCACCAGGGAUGGGUGAUGUUUGUCUCCGUCACGUUUUGCGUGCUCUCCAUCAUCCAGCUGGUGCUCUACCUCACUGGGACAGCAAAGCAGAGCAGCACUUGGAUCCAUCUGGACUUGGCGCUCAGCAUGCUCGCGUUCACGCUCUACCUGAGUGCUGCAGUGCUGCAGGUCAACGCCACCAUCGCCAUGUUCAACGUGUACAUCGAACAGUGCGGUCUCGGCAAUACGGACAUUGAGGAAGCAAUCCUUCACUUGUAUCGAGUUAAUCUCGCUGCAACGGUAUUUGCGUUUUUGACCACGGGCCUGUAUGCGGUCAGCGCAUUCAUCAGCAUCCAGCGGUGGAAGCUGAAUUGAUUCGUCUACAAGAAGCUGCCUGCUCCAAACAUUAUCGUCAAUUCGAAAGCAAGCCUAUUCUACAUACUUUGUGUGUAUUCAAUUGCAUUGGUAUAAUGCUUCUGUGGAUGGGCGUAGUAUUGUCCACGUGUUAUCCAGUACUCUAGUUCCAUGCAGAUGGUGACAUCAGCAUGGUGGAUCAUGCUGAUGUGGGACUCCGAGUCUGCUUGAUUACACAUUUACCAGUAAAUAAUAUCAUAAUAAAAACAACAAUGUUUAUUUACAGCCCUUUGCAUACCCACAACGUAUUGCCAUGGGGGUUGUGUUUACUAUUUUUGUUCGCUAAUCAAGCGUGGGUGUCGAGGUGCCAUGCCUUGGCUUGCCAGGAGAAGGCAGAUACAGCAAAUGGGAACUCCACCUGCUCUAUCUGUAUGGGAUCGAGUAUUGUCCCCUCACACACGUGGAGUUUCUGCAGGUGCUCCGGUUUUCUCGCACGUGUAAACACUAAUUAAUUGGCUGAAAACUUCUUAUAUAGACGGCCGCAGUGCUUGGGCAAUCGUUGGCAUCGCCUCACUUUGUGGCAUUGCCUUCCCGCUUGUCUGUGGUCCCUCGCGCCUCCGAGUCACUAUUUCUCUUCGAGAGCGAGCAAACACUGUGCGUGUUGUAAGUUGAAAUGAUGAGUAAAGGUGCAGGGUGGAGUGUUACCCAGAUGUCAGGCGCUGCUGGUCAUAUACCAUGUGGCCGGUGAAACAGUUCACUGACAACUGCACCACCAAUCCCCCAGGGAGCAAAAGAGUGACACGCAAAUAAUAAACAGAUAUCAAGCGUAACUCGACAUGUAUACCGGAAAACUAUGGGCUCUGUAUCCUGUAUAUAAAUGUAUAUUGAUUAUAUGGAGAGGUGGACUUCCUGUCUAUUCAAUAGACAUUACCUAUGAGCCUCCACCACAGCAUAUAGAGAGAGUUUUCAUGAAGGACAACAAUUAGGUUGUCAGUAUCGCUGCUCAAAGUGUUUUCUCCUUGUACGUGUGAGGUUUCUCCCAAGUAUUUAGGUGUCCUCCCAUGUGCAAUUCAUCAUUAACCCUCACAUGCACAGGAACCCCCGAAACGUGAUGGAAAUGUUCCGUAUGAUUAAAUAGCUUUCACGUAUAUAUCAUAGCGGUCGACCACAGUGAACACGACGUGUGAGAGAGUUGAGGAAUUGACAAAGAUACCAAUGGAGGACCUGACUGAAAAUGCCUUGAGAUUCUGCUGAACAUGUUGGCAAUGAAUAUAUUUAUGUAGUAUUAUGAUUCACACAAGAGGUGAGAUGAAUAUUUUAACACUGAAAUGUGUAUAAUUGUCAGACUUGGUCUUAGUACAACCUUCCAAAUUUUACCCCAUAUUUAGAUAUUGCCAUAUAUAUGCUGAGAAGUAAUUUUUCACAAUACUAAAAGCUGGGGCUUCCAAUUUCGCCAGGUUGGCAUGGGCCCGGGUGCAAGGAAUGAAAUGGGGUGCCCCACGGCCCCCCCCCCCCCCCCUUCAUAGCCCAGAACCGAAGGCCUUUUUUCCUGUGGACCCCAGUGCAGUUGCACUGCCUGCACACACUGGCUCCGUGUGCUGAUGUAUGCAAAGGCAAUACAGAUGCACGUUGUGAUUAUGAAGCAAAUUGUAAAAAUCUAUUUUAUAAGGGAUAAUUUGUUGGUGUGUCGUGAUUGGUCCCCUUCAUGAUUCAAUUAAUUCUCAGGAAUCUGAGGUUUACAUUGGAUUAUUUUUAUCGUGAUUUUUAUAGAUAAAUAAAGUGGGCUCUGGUGGAUCGAAUAGUUCGUGAAAUUAUAACAUACAAAGUACCCGAAUAAAAAAAAAACAUUCUUCACGUGUGAUUUAAUGCGCAUAUCAUGAGCAUAAGAAUGAAUAUAAAUUGGUUAAUUGCUGUAUUACACCUAAAUCGACCAAAUGUAUUUAGAGGCUCAACUGGGACAAAUUGAGCUGGCAGCUAAUUCCUUUGUGAACCCCGCCCACUUUUUCAUAACCACACCCAUUCCAUCACUAGCACUGCCCACACUCUCAUUGGCCUCCCUCUUUCCUACAUUGGCCCCGCCUACUGCCCAAAGGCCCUGCCCACUAUCAACCCCACCCACUACUCGUGUAGCUCUCCCCCUUGCCACAAGCAUGGGACCCAGGACAUUUUAAACUGGCCUAAAUGUCCUGAUUUUCAUAAAAUAUUUCGCACACCAAGGCAGCCGAUCUGAAACUUGGCCUGUUCCGGCCAAAACCAAAAGACGUGUUGGUGACUUUAAUCGUGCCCCAAGUAAUUUGUUGUGCGCCAUUCUUUAUCAGGGAGCCCUGAACCUUGGAAAGUUCCAUUCCUUCCUUUGCGCGAUCGAUAUUCGUGCAAAGCAAACUCCGCAUGAACAAUGGCAACAUUGUUUAUACAAAGUAGUAGCUCGGGGUUGAGAAUGAUAAGACUAGGAUUAUCGUUAUGUUUUCUUUACGGAUUAUUUUUUUAUUUUCACCUUUCACACGUGUAGAUAUAUCGAAUGAAUGUUUUUCCCCACGCGUGAAAUAAUACACAUCCGAGUCGAAUGACAUUGUUUUGUCAUGUGAUAUUAACUAUUUGUAAAUAUUGUACUGCAAACUG